CUUAGGUUUUUAAUGACCUUUACAAAUCUUGUCUUUCACCUUGCAAACCUUUUUUGCAUAUUGUUGAGCUGUCCAUCUAACUUGCCCAGCAGUCCAAGUUAAUUAAUGAGGCAGAUUCCUGGGAGGCCAAACUUCCAGGACUGAAUCUUGCAGCAGUAACACAUCAAUCACAGUUCCAAUAGGACAGGCAGAUUCUUCUCCUCCUGGUAAAUGCACGUGUGAAUCCCUGAAGGUUUCCACAGCACCAGGAAUGACUCUUCUCGAGACCAUCUGUUUCUGAGCCACAGACAUAUUCUAGAGGCAUUACACACAAAUAUUAUUGGGGUCUGGCACUGUGUGAGGCCAGAAGGCUUUAUGUGAGUUUAUGGGCUGGAACACACAGAUCUAACUCACUGCUCUGUGGCCACUUAAUGCCAAGCAGACAGAGGAUGCCAGAGCUCCAUGGGGGUGCAAGUGCAGGGCUGAGAAGGUCCAGAAUGGAUUUUCUCUGUGAGCAGAGGGGAUUGAUUCUGAAAACUGCUGAGUAUCUCAAAACCAGGUCAGAACCUGGCCAAACAGAUUUGGUGUGACCCCAGGAGCUGACCCUACCCAGCAGCAAAGCCUGGCUCUGUGUGAGAGGCUGUGUUGAGCUCCUCGAGGAAGGAGCCGGACCAGUGAGAAUUUUAUUUGGAGAAGAGCUUCUCAGUCAAGGAAAAUCUCUUUCUACACAUGUCAACAAAUAAAUUGAGAAAAUUGCUUUCAGGCUGACAUCGGUGCAAUACUGGGAAGUGCAGGGAAGGAGAGGCUGAUCCUGGAGCAGCAGGAGCAGACACCAAGUGCAAAUCUCAGGGAAAGAGCUAUUAAGCAACUGGAGCAUGUGCUGAUAAUUAGUUAUCGCUCGUUAUGUUUGCUCUGGGCUUUUCAUUUCUGUCGACUGGCAAUGAAUUUCCUCCACUAUCACCACUUGUUUACAUUACAGCACCUAACAAAGGUAAUUAAUCAGUGCUAAGAGACCCUGCUAAUGUCCCUCUGACAUCCAAAGAGCCGGGUUAAGUCAGUUUGCCUCCAAAUACUUCACAAGAGCUGAGAGGGGAAUGGAACAGAGGGAAUCUCCUGUGCAUCUGCAGUGCCUGUGGGAGUCAGAGCUAGAAAUUGUUUAAAACUUGGUUAAUAAAAUAAAUAACUUUAGAACGACCAACUUAAAAAAAAAAUACAAUCUCUGCAAUGUUAGGGUCAAAUUUAGUACAAUACCAAAUAAAUCCAUAAUGCACUGAGUGCCCUUUCUGGACCUGUACAUGGAAUUUCUGCACACAAGACCGUCCCUGUCUUGUCAGAAUAUCCCAAAUGAACUCACACUGUAUGAUAUUGCCUAGGCCUUUGAGAAUCAGGCUGUUACUGUCAGCCCCAGGCAUUUCUAUCCAAGAAAGCAAUGUCAAUAUAUUAGAGAAUAAAUGACAUAUCUAUGAAUUACAAACAGAAUAAUUCAUAGGUAAUUUUCAAUUACAGAGAAUAAUUUAUAUGUGUCUGAUUUGCAAAGAGAAUUAUUUAUGAGUAACCUGAAUUGGCCAUGAAGAACAUUAACAGGUUAUUGUGGGAAAGGGAGUCUACAGACUGCUCAUGUGUCACGUGCUGAGCCUGGAUUUUGGGGCGUUUCCUGCGCAAACACACAUCACAAAAAUAAAAUCUGUCAGAUUCCAUAAUAAGCAGAUUUGUGUAGUGUGCCCAAUCUGAUCUGAAACCUCCGAGUGGUGCUGAAAGCCAGACUCAGGGAGCAUGUUGGAGCUCCUGCCUUGAGGAGCACCACAAGCAGAAAGGCCACAGCUGGGGUCCUGUAACAUAAUCCUUGGAAAAGGCUGUUUUUCCAGGAGCAAGGAGCCAAGUGCCAAAAUCAUUGGGUUGUUUGUGUCUCCUCUGCCCUGUGUGGAGGUGAUGAUGGAUGACAUGAAAUAUGCAAAUAACAGAGAAAAAGAGGAGGAUCUCCAUGGACUGGGUGAGAUUCCCAGCACAGGCUCCUUCCCUGCCCCUGGAUGCUGCAGGUGCCAGAGCACAGGCACGUCUUCCAUCCUGCACACAGGGAUGCUGCCCUUUGUAUCAUGGAAUCUCUGAGGUUGGAAAAGACCUCCAAGACCAUCCAACCUCCAUGGACUUAUGGUCCAACACAGGUGCUCCUGGUUUAGGAAAAAUUACAAUGUUAGCAAAUGGCUGUGAGAUAGAACUACAAAAUAUGUGUUAGAAACAGGACGUUUUCUUAAUCAUAAAGUAAGAAAUGGCACAGGAGUGGAUGUGGACAGUGUCUCCACUUGCAGCAGAUCUCUAUUAUUUUGCUUAAAGCAUUUUCUCAACCACAAAUUACUAGCCUCUUAAACAAAAGGAGUUAUUUUCACCUCCACAGGACUUGCUGGCCAGGUCCUACAGCUUGUCAUUGAACAAGGGGCCAAAUCAGCUUUCUUUAAGGCAAGACAUCUUCCAAAAUACCUGAAGGGCAGAAGGAUGCAUUGGGGCUUCCAAUUCUUCAUCCCCACCUUGGCAUCUUAAAACCUGAGUUGGGAAAGAAACUAUGCAAGCCAAAGUGCCAUUCCCUCCUGAGGAACUGCCUCAGGGAGUUACACCAGGCACCCUCAGCACAAGAGCUAAAAAUUACAAAGCCCUGUUGCUCUGCUCCACUUAAUGAAACACCAUAUCCAUAUAUCAGACCAAGACAAACAGCAUCUGCUAUGGCUAAUGUGGUAAAAGAGCUUCUUUUUUCAACCAUUAAAGUUGGUCCAUAAUAUUUUCUGAAACACUGAUUUUCUCUGAUGAAGAAAUUUAGAAAAGUUUACUAAAGAGAAGUAAUUGUCUUGGAUUUGGAGAGUGUAAUGGGUUGCUGCUGUUGUGUUGGAAGCAAAGCCAGACCCUCCAGGAGAAGGAGGCACAUGUCAUUCCAGACUGAAUUCCUGCAAAUGCAUUCCUGUGCCUGAGCUUUUAAAGCGUCGUCAUGGGCACCCCUGGGCAUGGGGAGCACCACAAAACACCCAUGGUCACAGCUGGGAAUGUCUGGAGCUGGGUGAAUGUCCCCUUUUAGGAAGUCUAGGGAAACAAUGUAUAUCCCAUAGCUUUGGGCUCCCACUGUAUUCCACGAGGGAGCCUGGGGGGAACACUUACUACAAGACUGUGCACUCAUUGUGUCUAUAGUCACAUACAUCCACUCUUUGCUGCUUCCCAUUUAGCAGAGAAAAAUCCAUUCAUUUUCUAACCAGCUCCUCCUCCCCAGACCAACGCUGCAGUCAUUGCCUGAAACGUUUAUGAAGGCAGCUCAUGCUUCCAGAAAUUUUUAAACUCAGCUCCUUUAACAUGACCUGGACCAAGUGCAAAGUCUCUUUCUUGACUUGCACUAGGCAGGCAGCAGCUCACAGCAUCCCAUCCUCAGGGAGUUGAAUAUUGCUAACAGUUCCCCAGUGAAAGCUCUGCAAUCACCAGGAGAAAGAUGUUUGUAUUUAAAGGUUGUGCAGAACAAGUGAAAUCUUGUCCAUUAGGAAAAUGCCAAUCUUCACCCUAAUCCAAGGCAAAACUCCUGAUGACCUGCUGGGGUCAGACUCUCACUUUGUCCUCCCAAAUCUGGAAGCAAGUCAGAAAUGUAGAGAUUUGGGUCACCAAGGGCAGAGCAACCUCACACAACCUUGCUGCUCCUUGUAAAAACCAGGUGGAGCAAUUUGGACAAUUUUGGGUAGCAAGAAGAGCUGAGAAAGUAUCAGAGAUUUUUUUCUUAACUUUCACUGGAUUAGGCCCCUUGUACCACUUCAGAUCCCCCCAUGCCACCUGCUGUCAGCCUUUAAUGAGAGUGAAAUACAAAAGCUUGCAAAAAUGAAAGAAAACUGCUUAUCCACUCCCUCUCCAAGCUACACACACUUAGAGACAAAAAAAGAUCACACUAAAUGAGCCCUUGUAAGGACUACCAAUACAUACAUAGCUCUUCCCAAGGGUUAGAUGAGAAAGAAUUCAGUGUUAAUUUUAAUGGGCUGCCACUUUCCUCUUACUGUGCAAACCACCUCUGCAUAACUGAGGAGAGGCUUUGGCUCAUUUUGGUACUACUUUUUUUAAAUAUUGAAUUUUCUUAAUUGUAUUGCUGUCCUCAGGGGCCACUGCAUGCCACUUACCUGGCAGAACUAGGCUGCAGACCUACUUAAAUUGUAGGCUUAAUCAGUUCCUCCUUAAAAUAUUUAAUUUUUUUUUUUUCUGUGAUUGAAUGCUGCUGCUAGAGCAGUGAUGGUCAGCAGCUGAUGCAUUUGGUGUCCACCCAGAAAGUUUUUCUGGCUCCUUUUAAGUUACUAUGAACUUGCCUAGAAGAAGGUAACACUUAUUCCUAGAAACCCUGGGCUUUUGUGCAUAUAUCCCCUGAAUUUCUCAUUCUGCUGUGAACAGGUGGAGCACUUACCUGUGGCAGGCAAAAAGCCCAAAGCACUGCUCCAAAAUGCUCCAGUCCUGCUUGGUGUGAUCCCCUUACAAAAAGGAAAAAUCCAGACAUAGACCAGUCACGGGGGCUGUGCUUUGUUUCCUCUUUCUCUUCCCUCCCCCCAGGGUGUUCACUGGCACCUCCCCAAGUGCAUAAACUGCAGUGGGAAAUAGGUGCUUGACUUCUGCAGCUUUGGGGAAUGCCAGACAUAGAAAGGACCAUGGAGAGGAUAUUUCCAGGAUGCUCCAAAUUAGUUUCUUUGUGCUGCAGGCUUUCAUUUCCUUUUUAUUUACCACUUGACAUCAUCCCCAGCGUUGUUGAUGCUAACACAGUGUGACAUGAAGCUGCUCACAAAGGGACAUGAUGGCAAUGGGCCCGAGCGUGUCCUGCUAGAGAGGCACCACCAGCACACGCGAGCCUCGCACGGCAAGCCCCACCUUGGCUGGGCAAACCCCCCCAAAUCCUGCAGCCUGACAACAGCACUGGGAGCCAGCAGACACCCUGGGAUAGUACCUAGGAUUAAAAGGUGUUAGAGGAAAUUGUCACCAGAGAACAGCUGCUUUCACUGGUGUCAGGUAAGUCAGAAGCUUAGGCUUCUGAUGGACAGAUAAAGACCAAUACCAACCUCUUUGUUCCUGACAUGGGCCUAUUCCAAGGAGUGUGGUUUAUCCCAAGAAAAUAGGAGCACCACUUUUCCACAUCCUACAAGGUCCAGUGCAACCAGCUACACAACAUCCAGAGAUGUUUCCCAUCUGGUUGGGGCUUCAGGAUAGAGCACCAAAAAACCCCCAAACCAGUCAAGCCAUCUGGUUUUCUCCAGAUGCCCGGCAGCAUUUGUGCGUUCUUUGAGCACCAUCUCCUGGCACAGGGUCUCUGAGCCAGUGACACUCCUGGGGACGUGAAGAACCCCAGAACAGCCGCUCUCACACGAAGCGUAGGGCUCCAGGCCAGCGCAGUGCGCAGCGCUCACAGCCUCCCACCAAACCCCACCGCAGGGAUAUCAGCGCACGCUGCUGUGAGAGCCGAGCUGAGGAGGUUUCCCGUCCCUGGUGAGGCUGAGCUGAGGAGGUUUCCCAUCCCUGGUGUGGCUGAGCUGAGGAGGUUUCCUGUCCCCGGCGAGGCCGAGCUGAGGUUUCCCGUCCCUGGUGAAGCUGAGCUGAGAUUUCCCAUCCCCGGUGAAGCUGAGCUGAGAUUUCCCAUCCCUGGUGUGGCUGAGCUGAGGAGGUUUCCCAUCCCUGGUGAAGCUGAGCUGAGAUUUCCCAUCCCUGGUGUGGCUGAGCUGAGGAGGUUUCCCGUCCCCGGCGAGGCCGAGCUGAGGUUUCCCGUCCCUGGUGAGGCCGAGCUGAGGAGGUUUCCCGUCCCUGGUGAGGCUGAGCUGAGGUUUCCCGUCCCUGGCGAGGCCGAGCUGAGGAGGUUUCCCGUCCCUGGCAAGGCCGAGCUGAGGAGGUUUCCCGUCCCUGGCGAGGCCUGGCGCUGAUGGCUGUCCCCUCCCGCAGGCAGCGGUGCCCCGCGAUGCUGCAGUGCAAACACGCGCAGGAGUUCAGCUUCGGGCCCCGCGCUCUGAAGGACGCGCUCAUCUCCACCGACCCCGCGCUGCAGGAGCUCUACGCCAAGGCCUUCUCCAGGGCGGAAAAGCUGUUCCUGUCCGAGGCCUACAACCCCCAGCGCACGCUGUUCUGCACGCUGCUCAUCCGCACGGCCUUCGACUGGCUGCUCAGCCACCCCGAUGCCCCCGAGGACUUUGAGACCUUCUACCACGCCAUGCUGAGGAGGAAGCAGAACUUCUGUCGAAAGCACAUUUACCUGCAGCCCAUAGAUUUAAUUGAAGGGCCUGCUGGGCUCUCCCUGCUGGAUUCCCUCCAGAGCUGUGUGGAGUCUUUUUUCCUGGGUCUGCGUGUGAAGUGCCUUCCCUCCAUCCCAGUCUCUUCCAUCCACUGCUGCUUCCGCCACAGCCGGGACUCGGACAGGGUGCAGCUCCACGCAGAUGGGAUCCUGAAUUUCCUGAAGAACAACAAGCCCAUGGAUGCACUGUGUGUCCUUGGACUUACCCUGCUGGACCUUUACCCAUGUGAGACCUGGAGCUUCACAUUCAGCAAAUUCCUGCCAGGACAAGAAGUGGGAGUCUGCAGCUUUGCCAGGUUUUCUGGGGAUUUCCCCCAGGCUGGUUGUAGCAGUUUGAACCCACCCACGCAGAAGGAAGAGCUGUGUGAAGUCAGCAAGGAGGGCAGAGACCGGACCUUGCAGUUCAGCGCCCAGGAGAUGGUCGAGUGCUGUAAGGUGACCUGUCACGAGAUCUGCCACCUGAUGGGGCUGGGGACGUGCCGCUGGCUGCAGUGCAUCAUGCAGGGCGCCCUGAGCCUGGACGAGGCCCUGCUGCGGCCCCUGGAGCCCUGCCCCAUCUGCCUGAGGAAGCUGCAGCACGUCGUGGGCUUCAAACUCAUCGAGCGCUACAGGAAGCUUUAUGCUUGGACACAGACCGUGCUGUCCACGUGGCCAAGGCAGGAGUCAGCAGAGCUGUCUGCCUCAGAGGACAUCCCCCCGUUCAGCUCUGACUCUGGGAUGUGCUGUGAGAACGACUCCGAGGCCGUGACCUCCCUGUCGGAGCCGCUGACCCCCGACACCUGCAGCCAGGGCCUGUCCAUCGGGCCGGAGCUGGAGCAGGACGAGCAGCCGGGCUCAGUGCCGGAGGCACAGAGCCAGCCCCGGCUCCCUGGCCACACCAAGGCCACGGACACCAUCAAGGAUUACGAGCUGUGGCUGGAGAUGUGCAUUGCUGCCCUGGAGAGGAACGUCUCUGAGGAGGAACUGGCUCAAGUGGACAAGACCGUGGAUGCCCUGGCGAAGUGGGAAAUGUUUACAGGCCAGCUGCCUGCUAUGAGGAAGGACCUGCCCUUUGCUAGGGACAGCACCGGGCUACGCAAAGUUCUUGGGGACAAAUUUUCUUCCUUGCGGAGGAAGCUGAGUUCCAGAAAACUGUCCAAGGGGGAGUCAUCCCCUCAGCGCUGGCGGUGGGAGGACAAUUAGGCUGGGGCUGCCUUGGGCCAGCUUUGCUCACACCACUGCCCGGCUUCCAGCCUUCCUCACCCCAAGCUGUUGCUGUCUCAGAGAAACAGCAGCUCCUCCCAGGAAUAAAAGGUGUUUUGUUUUCUGACAUUGCUAACACAGUUUUGAUGUGAUUAGUUCUCUAAGGGUUUUUUCCUGUGCUGGUCUAAAUGACGCCACCACUCCACACCCACCUCAAGUCCCACGUAGCUGCUUUUAUUUUCUUGGUCUGAAGUUGGCCAGGAAGAGGUCAGGCAGGUCCCCACUAAAGACUGAACAUGCUCACACAGGAGCUUGGGCCAUCUGAACAAACAUGCAAAUUAAACCAGGGCAGCUCCUCCACACAAAGAGCCCUUCUCUGCUUAGCACCUCAGUCCCCAGCACAGAUGAGAUUCUCCCUCUCCUCUCCCCCUCACAAACACUCAGAGUGCUCCAUUUGCUGCCCCAGCAGCUGGAGGUUGUGCUGAGCACAGGAACAAUCCAGGCUGAUGGAGUCUCAUUAUGAACUGGGGAGAGAUGGAGGAGAUGGGCACAAAGUAAAACAGAAAGACCCCUGGCAGCUCUGCUGCCCCAAAGAGCAGUGUUAGUCUGCUGAUUGUCUCCUGGCAGACUCUCAAGAGGAUCUCCAGAGCUGCCUCAGUUCAAACAAAGCCAGGCUUGGAGUACGAGCUGGAACUACUCACAUCCUCUGCAGACUGGCACAGGAGAGGAAACUCUUUGGAAACAUUCACAGACUCAUUGAUUAUUAAUGUAAAAAGGGGAACCACACAUGCAUUUCUCUUUUUGCCUUGGAAAGUUUCGACCCUGGCCCUUCCCUGCUCCAUAAGGCACCCACUGAGAGGGAGCUGUGCUGGCACCCCGAGCAGCAGAGCCUCCCUUCCCAUGGCCAGGGCACGCUGUUCCUCUCUGCUCCUCCUGGCUAUUUAUAGCCAGAGCUCAAGAGGCCGAUGGGUUCUUUGCUCCUGCCAGGGAAAGGCUGACCCCUCUCCAUCCCCUGCUCCCUGAGCACUGAUAACGCUCCCACAGCUCAUGGCAACGUGGCCGAGCUCCAGAUUUCUCCUGCCUAAAAAUACCAGCAGGUAGGAUCAGAUUCAGGGCAGCUGGGAGAAGGGAGAGGAUGUUUCCCUGGAGGAGGCAGCAGCUUUGGCUUUCCGGAGCACUUGCCCUGUGCGCUUUGAGGUCUCCCCCCUGCUCCAUCCUGGAGUGGGAAUAACGGGAAGACACUGGAAAAACGCCGGAGAUUUACACACGCAGGUGAGUAGCAAAGACGGCCUCGCAGUAAAUUCAGCUGGAUUCUGGAAACACAAGCAUUUCACAUCCGCAUGAUUCAUACCGGGAGAGAAAGGGAGUUUGGCUGCGGGACUGAUGACGGCAAUUCCUGGAAACAUUUUUCCAGGCUGCAGCAGAGCCGCUGCUGCCGCCCUCUCCUGGCAGCCACAAAGGUGACGGCUCCGCAUCCAAGACAUUCUUCCCAGCAGCAGAAACUUCCCAAACCCUCCUUGAAUUACAAAUCUGAGUUCUGCCCCCGAACUCGCUCAGUUGUUGUCUGAACACACUAUUUUAAGCGAGAGAUUACUCUCUGUUCAGCCCUGUUUGCUCUUCCUUGGUCCCGUACUGAGUUAUCAGGCUGAACUUUAGAAACUUUCCAGAAAGGCUCAGGAUGAUGAUCCUGCCUAAGGGAACAGAGGCAGCUUUCUGUCAUAAAUUUCCAAAGACAACAGAGGAGUGGGGUGGCACAGAAGGGCUGUGCAUCUCCACAGAUGGGAGACUCCUUGUGACACUUGGCUUAGCUUAGAGCUGCUGUGAGAGCAGGAAUUUCUGCUGAAGAGCUCUUGGGACUGCAAACGGGUAUUUCUGACACCAUCACCGCCAGCACCACCACUUUACCUGAUCCAGGUAAGACAAAUCGGAUGGUAACUCAGAGCUUCACCUGGGCAGCUCAGCAGUGCCCACAGGUAAGAGGCAGCAAGUGGCUGAAAACACUUGGAAGUCCUUUAGCAGCUGGAGGAGAGGGUCCCCGCAAUAUUCCACUGCAGGGUUUGGUGAAGACAUUCCUGUGGAGGGGCUGCUCUUCACACCAGCAAAGGUUUCCAGUGCUGCAGCAGCACGUUUAGCACAGGGUCUGCGAGCAGCACCUGGGUACACAGCCCACGCCAGUGAAGGGACUGGAGGCAGCCUGGGUCACAGAGGAACUAAAGCACUGGCCACAGCUUACACUGAAAAUGAAGGUUAUAACCAGAACUAAAGCACAAAGGUUCCUACUCCUCUGUGCAUGUACCUGAGUUGCAGGGGGGCAGAAAACAGCUGACACUGGAAUAAGUAGUAGGCCAAACUGAAGGUAAGCCCUUAAAUAAGAUUUCCUGCAUUUUAAGCAGCAGGUUCCCGGGGAGAUCUUUCUGCUUGGAAAGGUGUGGGAACAUAACUUGCAGCUAAUAAGCUUCUGAGUAAGCUGUGAAACAGAAAUACAGAUGAGAUAAUUAGGAGUCACUUUAGAAGGCCAAGCUGUGGAUCAACCAUCAGCAAGAAGGAGUAGGGUGCUCUAUAUAUAAAUCCAACAUGCAGAAGCCACUGCUAGUUUCCAUGUAACAACCCCCAAAGCACAACACAGAUCUGUGUUAGACUGCUCUGGCUGACAGCAUCUCCCAAACCACACCAUCCUGUGGCUACCUGCAGCACCCUGCACCACCAGAGCAGCUCAGACACAUCCUUUCUGCUCCAAGCUCAAGGAUACUUAUUUUGAAGCAACUUCUAAAGUCUAAUCCUAAACAUAGUAAAAAACAGUCUCUAAAUAGCUUUACGAGCUCAUAAAGACAAAUAUCUUCUCCCAAGAAUAAGUAGGCAGAACAUUCCACUCCUGCUUUGAAAAUAAGGUCUUGCUGUAGGCUGAAGGGAGAGGGGAAACAAAGCAACUGUCCAGAAGAAAAAAACCAAAACAACAAAAAAUUCCAUGCUAGUUAGAGGUGAACUUGCCUACAAUAGCUUGCAAGGGUGGGAGAGGAAAAAGCAGCACCUUCCACAGACAUUUCAUUAGCAUGAUCCAACACUUUGUGAUUUAACAGUGGCUGUGACUGCCCCUCUCCCUUAAAAAUGGUACUUCUUACUGAAGCCUGCUUCUGCUGUACAAAAUUGUGGCUUUAAGGGGAAGCUGCUUUUGGUAAAAAUCCCUGUACACUCGUCCUAAUUAACUCUUCCUGCCUUAACACCACGUAGUUUCCCAAGAUGCCAGUCAGUCCUGGGAAGAGUGGCAAGAAAUUUGGGAUUAGUAGCUGAGUAAACUUCCUCCCAGGUCUGUAAGGAUAAUGAGAUACCAGGCUGGAGCUAGAAACCACAAGGACUUAUUUAAUUUCUGUCCUCAAAGAGUUCUAACAAAUACUUUAAUAUUACUAUAACCACCCCAAACCUUACACCUUGUACACUUGAGCAAAAAUACAAGCUAUACUUUGCAUUUUAGAGCAGCCUCUCCCUGGGGAAACAGACAUGUUCUCCUUUUUAUCUUCAGUGUUGGAUUACUGAAAUUGCAGAAGAGAUAUUCUGGUUCUGAAAAGGGAGUUGUGCUGCUCCUGGGAAGGUAAUUCCAAGCUAAUAUGUGGAGUUUAGGCUCUCCCUGGGGCACAAGCACUCACUGGCACUGAACAGACAAACCCACCUGCAGAACCAACUGCUGCAGCUCUGCUCUUACAGAGCAACAUCUGCACAGCUGAGUUAGGAAAGGGGCAUCUCACAGGAACACCCAGGCUCCAAAAAGGCCCCUUUGCUCCACAGAGCUCACCAAAGAGAUCCCCUGGAGCUGCUGCUGAGAGCUUUCCAGGUUAGAGUGAUCACACCUGGGCACCUCUACUAGAGCAUACUGCAUGUGCAACUGCUGCUCAGCAGAGAUGCUGAACACUGGCAGCACAUCUCACCUGAAAGUGCCCAGCAGCUCCAGGCACAGUCAGCCAUUCCCAAAGACUUGGUGCAGCUGAAGUGCUGCAUUUCCAACUGUUAUAGAAAGGACCAAAAAUGCUCCAUGAAAUGUUUCAAGUUGUGCACUGCCUGUGGAAUUGACUUGGCACUGAUAGUUUAUACAAGAAACAAUCAAGACUUGCCACAAAAAUCUGCCAGAUGUGACCUUUUGAAGUGAGGGAAUGUGAGGAAAGGUUAACAGCAUUCCCAAGGACUGGAGCCCGAGUUCUGGCAGCACAGGUUGUGCUGUGUGACAGGGACACCGGUGACCCUGCAAAGGUUGUGCUGUGUGACAGGGACACCAGUGACCCUGCAAAGGUUGUGCUGUGUGACAGGGACACCAGUGACCCUGCAAAGGUUGUGCUGUGCUCCCCAGACAGGGGCCUGGUCCCAGGAAAGCAGCAGGCACAGUCCCCAUGGCUAUUUAUUAUCAGAUCCUACACAGAGCUGAGGAAUCUCCAACAGGUGCUCCUAUCUCAACAGGCCCAAUCAUCUUCUCUUGCUGAGCUCAGAAUACACAAGCAAAAUCCAGCUGUGCCUCCCCUCCCACUUCCAAUCAGUGCUAAUGCCCCAGCCAGCCCUGGGAAUGCCACAGAUGAACGAGUUCCAAGUUUCACACAGGUUAAUGUGUCACCAGCCUGAGCUCCUGGACACACCAGGAAGAACAAUUCAACCAGGACUGGAGGAGUGGGAGAUACCAAGAGGUUACAGACUGAGAUGUCAUGGCAUGACAGCUGCACUUCCAUACAGUCCAUGCUGCUGUUUGUUCAAAAAGCAACUCUCUCACAGAAAAAAAUUUAAUAAAGAAAAAAUGUCACUUUGGACACUCGCUGAAAGAUGAAACCCAUAAAGAACAGUAUAACAAGUCAAGUUUUAAUAGAUUUAUAAAAUUCAUAUAUACAAAACAGUAAACUAAGUCACCAAAGCUAUAAAAUACACUUUUUACACAUCACAAUAUAAUUUUAUCUAGUACACAGUUUUCAUAAGUUGAAACUAUUACAGCAAGUAGCUGCUUCUAUCACGGAUGCUGUUUUGGUGCUAGAAAGACACUUAUGUGAGCAGUCUGGGACUGUGCUUUUACUUUAUGCAUUUUCCACCUUUUAGUUUGUCACUGUUCUUAAAGUACUUUCCUGUGAAUUGUUAAGAAAAUUAAGGCUAAACUCAGGGCUUUUUUGCCCAGUGUAGUGAACUGGUUUAAAAAAAGACUGAUAUUGCAUAGUAUGUGUGUUAAUGCAUAGGCACCAGAGAGCAAGUACAUUGCAGAAUAAAAGAUAACAUCACUUGGCUUCCUAAGCUGUGUGGUCGUGUCACAAAUAAUCUGGUGUUUUGUCAGUUUGCUUUUGUAUAUUUUGAUUCCACAAACAAAGCAACUCCUCACUAUAGAGAGGAACACCAGCACUGUUGUUCAGUGGAGUCUCCAGAAAUAUUUUUUAAUGUGUAUCAUCAAUUCAAGCCCAUUCCACAUUCCAGACAACACAACCUGGAGGAACACUCCCUAUCCUACAGAGGGUUAAUGGCUUCAAUGCAAAAGGGACUCUGAACACACAUUUCCAAACCUAAGUCCACCAACCACCUUCCCAAGUCUCGUGAGCUCCCAACAGAUCCUUUCUCCUCCACAUCCCCCUGCUCCCUUUUCUCCUUUGUGCCCAACCACCCGCACAAGAGAUCGAGGGGAAGUCACAACAGAGAAGUUGUGCUACUCAAAACCUGCCACUUCCCUCAAAAGAUGCUCUCUCAGGUCCUACUUAUUAAAAAAUGUUGCUCUCCAUCAGUUGUAAUUUUUAUUCAAAGAAUGGAAACAGCCUCUUACCUUCUCAUGCUCUGGUAUCUUGAAGAAAGUUUAAGCAGCUGUCAGAAAGGAGUAGGAUGCACUGUCUAGCCAGAGGUCUGCAUAAUGUAUUUUAUCAAAAUUGAGCUUUAGCACCCAGUGAACAGAUGAAGAGAGAGAUUUACAACGGCAGGGCCAGCCUUGCUGGCCUGAUGCUCUUUAUUCACAGCCAAUGGCUCUCUGGAGUCACUCAAAGCUUUUGGGUCAGUGCAGAUGGCAUUUCACUUCAAUACAGUCCUCAAGCACCAUCAGCUUUUGGGAUCUGUUUAGAAACUAGCUCCCCUCUCCUGCUCCCCUCCAACAUACUUUGGCUUUUUUUUUACCAGAAUGCCCACCUUGGAAGUCAGUGCUG